AUUACAAACCCAAGACCCAAACUUUGGGUCGUCUUCUUCACUCUUUCUCCCCAUCUCUCCAAAAUUGGGCAAAACCCCAGUUGGGUCUCCUUCUUUGGUCAUCUAAUCGAGUUUUUGGAUCGAUUUCUUGGACUGGGAUCGAGAAAUUCGAUCUGGGUUAAAUACGUCUACUUGUGAUGGGUUUGUAAACUUUUUGGAGAUUAGGAGAUUUUGUUUUUGUGGGUCUUGAUUGGUUUUGUGUGUAGUUAUUGAAUCUGUUAGAAAGUUGUGAUUUUGGUGGAAAUUCGAAUUGAGUUUGAGGGCAAGGGGCUGAUGAGAGAUUGAGGUCAAGAUGGCAGGAGAUGAUGAUUUGAUUGAACUCAAGUUUAGGCUUUUUGAUGGUACUGAUAUAGGGCCCAGCAAAUAUGAUCCUUCAACUUCAGUUGGAUCUUUGAAGCAGAUCAUAUUGGAUCAAUGGCCCCAAGGCAAAGAAAUUGCCCCCAAAACAAUAAAUGAUGUGAAGCUCAUCAAUGGAGGGAGAAUACUAGAGAACAAUCGUUCAAUUGCUGAAUCCAGGGUGCCAGUUGGAGAGCUUCCAGGUGGUGUUAUCACAAUGCAUGUUGUUGUCCGGCCUCCAGUACCUGAUAAAAACAAUGAGAAGCAGCUAGCAAACUCCCCAAAGCAGCAGCGAUGUGCGUGCACGAUUCUGUGACACCCAGAUAAUAUUGAUGGUUCAAUGAAUUUUUCUCAAUUCGGCUCUUAUGCUGCUCUGCCCUUUUUUUUUAAUAUCUCGUGUUCAAGAGUUACAGUUUAUAAAUCUAGGGGUGACCUUCAGAUGCAUGAGAGAUGGCUUCAUUACCCCUUUUGAAAUCUGUUCUCAACGUGCUCGUGGCUCUAGAAUUUGUAAGACAUAUUCGUGAUUAUUUCCGUGUUUGUUGUAUAAAUGAGAGUUUUGAAACAAAGAAACUAACUGAUGAUAUGCUUCCUUUUAGCGUUUAAGUGAUUGUUGUAUGAUUCUUCUAAAGUGUCUUCAGACGAUUGAAUGAUUCUUCUUUUAAAGAUGUAUUCAUAGGGUCAUGGUAGGUUCCAUGGUUAUUCGAUUA